AUGCCAGAUUAUACCCCGAAUGAAAUAGUAGAUAUUAUCCUCGUACUUGGAGAAUGCCGAGGUAAUUAUGUACAAGCUGCAGAAUUAUAUCGUAAUCGCUUCCCCAAUGUAAGGCACCCGAACGAUCGUACCAUUGCGAGACUUGUAGAACGUCAACGCCAAAGACCAGUUUGUCCGCGACAAAGACGACGAAAUAAUAUACCAGAGAGAGAUGAUCCACAAGUGCUUGCAGUGUUAGGUAUGAUAGCAAACAAUCCUCAUAUUAGUACACGAGAAAUUGGAAGACAAUUAGGUUUUCCAAAAUCCACGGUGCACCGAAUAUUGAAAGUUCAUAGAUUGCAUCCUUACCAUAUAACUUUGACACAAUUGCAAGCCGGAGACUUCGAAAGAAAGCGUCUGUUUUGUAGAUGGGCACAAUGA